UCCGUUCUGCUGGUUGAAACUGCGUAAAUCUACUUCCACUUCACAAUUUCGUCAUUGUAUCCGCGGGACUCACACUCGUAUCGUAGAAGUCAGAGAGCUACAGUAGACCGUACAACCAGGCCUGGUACGUACAACUAUGGCAGCUGUUGAGAUGGAGCCUGUGCAAGAAUCACCGGUAGCAAUUUCUCAGCCAACAACAAGUUUUCAACCAACAACGGUUGUCCACGUCGUCGUGGAGCCUCCUCGUGACUUCUUGGUGCUGUCCAUUUUCAUGCUUGUUUGCUGCUUUUUCCCGUUAGGAAUAUUUGCUAUCUACAUGUCUUUACAGGUUCAAAAGAGGGUGUCACAAGGUGACAUUGCUUCAGCCAGGAAAGCGUCUGUGUAUGCUCUGGUUAUUAGCAUUGUUGGAAUUACUAUUGGAGUGCUCAUCUACAUUGGAGUUAUUAUUUUCAUUGUCAUUGUAUUCUUGUAUGCUAAAUCGUUGGGGGAGCUUCUCAGAGAUUAAGAGACAGAUAAUAUUAAUUGACAUUUUAUUUUCUUGUUAGUGAGCAUAGUUAGGCAGAAGGCAGACGUUCUGUAAUCUUGAGGUGCUUGUGGGUGAUAGCAUAUACAUUCAGUGCUGUUAGGGUGAUAAAGGAACAGAUGGAAGUUCCAGUGUUAUGUUACUGUGAUAGGUAUGGUAAAUUUUAGUGUGAUUUCUAAGAUUAGUAUAUACGGGCCAGUUGAUAUAGUUGCUGGCGUUAGACGUUGUGUUCUUUCUUGUGUUUAUAUGACGUUUAUUGCCAAUAGAUAAUUGAUCAACAU